UCUUUUCAUCACAGGGUUAGCAGAAUUCCACAGAGAACAGAGAAAAACCAAAGAAGAAGAAAAGUAUUACAGUACAACAAUGGCUUUUGCCUACGGACUAGCAGACCUCGAACAAGCCGGGUCGCACCAGGGGUUUGGUCACAAGAGCCUUUUGCAGAGUGAAGCUCUUUACCAGUAUAUAUUGGACACUAGUGUGUACCCAAGAGAGCAUGAAGCCAUGAAGGAGCUCAGAGAGAUGACAGCCAAGCAUCCAUGGAACACCAUGACAACCUCUGCUGAUGAAAACCAGUUCUUGAGCAUGCUCCUCAAGCUCAUCAAUGCCAAGAACACAAUGGAGAUCGGUGUCUACACAGGCUACUCCCUCCUCGCCACAGCCCUUGCUCUUCCUGAUGAUGGGAAAAUUUUGGCCAUGGACGUCAACAGAGAACACUACGAGCUUGGCCUGCCUAUCAUUAAAAAGGCCGGUGUUGCCCACAAGAUCGACUUCAGGGAAGGCCCUGCUCUCCCAGUUCUUGACAAGUUGGUUGAAGAUGAGAAGAACCACGGUACAUUUGAUUUUGUAUUCGUCGAUGCCGACAAGGACAACUACCUAAACUAUCACGAGAGGCUGAUUAAGCUUGUCAAGGUUGGGGGACUGAUCGGCUACGACAACACCCUCUGGAACGGCUCUGUGGCGGCACCUGCUGAUGCGCCACUCCCUGAGUACCUGACCUAUUAUAGGCAGUUCGUGGUGGAGCUCAACAAUGCCCUCGCUGUGGACCCCAGAAUUGAGAUCUGCAUGCUCUCUGUUGGUGAUGGGGUCACUCUCUGCCGUCGGAUCUAAUGACUUCCCUUUUUCCAUCCUUAAUUUUACUAGUUUCCGUACUUGAAUUUGAACCGUGAAUAAAUAUAUAUGAAGUGUUUGUAUUUCAAUAAAUUUAUAUGGUCUACUUUUAUGUACGAAAUGCAAGUCAACGAAUUAAUUAAUAACACAAAAAUAGUCAGAUUUUGGGCAAA